CAGUUGAUGUGCAGUGGAUUUGCUCUUGCUCAGAUGCUCCAGGAUGAAACGCCAUAGAAAUAUCAGCAGCAGUGACAGUUCAGAGGACAAUCCUUCCACUUCCUCUACUUUUGGCUCAAUGUAUAGGAGCAAGUCAAAAAUGCCAAAUGAACGCAAGAAGCCUGCCGAGGUAUUCCGGAAGGACCUUAUCAGUGCCAUGAAGAUUCCAGACUCUCACCAUAUUAACCCUGACAACUAUUACCUCUUCACGGAUACAUGGAAAGAAGAAUGGGAAAAGGGAGUCCAAGUACCAGCCAAUCCAGACACUCUUCCACAGCCUUCUGUCAGGAUUAUGGCCGACAAGAAAAAAGAGGUCCUGUUUGUCCGGCCCCGGAAAUAUAUCCAGUGCUCCAACCCAGAGACCACAGAGCCUGGCUACAUCAACAUCAUGGAGCUGGCGGCAUCUGUGUGCCGCUAUGACCUAGACGACAUGGACAUCUUCUGGCUCCAGGAACUCAAUGAAGACCUCACAGCAAUGGGUUAUGGGCCAGUUGAUGAGAAUCUUAUGGAAAAGACAGUAGAAGUCCUGGAACGCCAUUGCCAUGAAAAUAUGAACCAUGCUAUUGAGACAGAGGAAGGGCUAGGCAUAGAGUAUGAUGAAGAUGUGAUCUGUGAUGUGUGCCGGUCUCCAGACAGUGAAGAAGGGAAUGAUAUGGUGUUCUGUGAUAAGUGUAACAUCUGUGUGCAUCAGGCCUGCUACGGCAUCCUCAAGGUCCCAGAAGGCAGCUGGCUGUGUCGCUCCUGUGUCCUGGGCAUUCAUCCACAAUGUCUGUUAUGUCCAAAGAAAGGUGGAGCCAUGAAGAGCACCAAAACAGGGACUAAAUGGGCUCAUGUCAGCUGUGCCCUGUGGAUUCCAGAGGUCAGCAUUGCUUGUCCUGAGAGAAUGGAACCAAUCACAAAGAUCUCCCAUAUUCCGCCCAGUCGGUGGGCCUUAGUCUGCAGCCUGUGCAAGUUGAAGACAGGUGCUUGUAUACAGUGCUCAAUAAAAAGUUGCAUCACUGCCUUCCAUGUCACCUGUGCCUUCGAGCACAGCCUAGAAAUGAAGACCAUCCUAGAUAAGGGGGAUGAAGUAAAGUUCAAGUCAUACUGCCUCAAGCACAGCCAAAGCAGGCUCAGGGAGUCUGAGUACCCCCUACACAGGGCUUCAGAGCAAAGCCAGGCCAAGAGUGAGAAGACCAGUCUGCGGGCACAGAAGCUUCGGGAGCUGGAGGAGGAGUUCUAUUCCAUGGUCAAAGUGGAAGAUGUGGCCACAGAGCUCGGGCUGCCCAUGCUAAUUGUGGACUUCAUCUAUAACUACUGGAAGCUGAAGCGGAAGAGUAACUUCAAUAAGCCAUUAUUUCCUCCAAAAGAGGAAGAAGAAAAUGUCCUGGUACAGCCAAGAGAAGAGAGUAUUCACACUCGCAUGAGAAUGUUUAUGCACCUACGGCAAGACCUAGAGAGGGUCCGAAACCUGUGCUACAUGAUAAGCAGACGAGAAAAAAUGAAACUAUCAUACAACAAAUUACAAGAACAGAUCUUUGGUUUGCAAGUCAAGCUUGCUAAUGAGGAAAUUGCUGCAGGGCUUCCUGUGACAAAUGCACUAGAAAAUUCAUUGUUUUACCCACCACCAAGAAUUACCUUAAAGUUAAAAAUGCCCAAAUCAGCCACAGAAGAUGGUAGUAACAGCUCCACAGAGCCUGAUCAUGGACCUCUCUCUCCUGAUGACAGCUCCCCUGUUUGUAAUAUGAGGAGCAUGCAGGUGGCUCAAGAUUCACUGGAAAUGAGAAUGAAGUCAUACCCAAAGCAUCCACAAGAGAGCCAGACUGACUGUUUACUGACCAAUCCCAGCGAUGAUAGAAGUGAAGCAGAGGAUCCCAGUCCUGCUUGCAAACCUACAUCUCCUAAGUUCUAUCAUGGGCAGUCUCUGGGAAAGCCUCUGGUCCUUCAGGCUGCCCUGCAUGGACAGUCUUCCAUUGGGAAUGGGAAAAAUCAACCUAACCCCAAGUUUGCCAAAUCCAAUGGCCUAGAGGGUACCUGGUCUGGGGAUGUCACCCAAAAAGACAGCUCAGGUGAGAUGUUCUCUGACCAGGAGCCCAUGCUCAGCUCCCACUUGGGUAGUCAGGGCAGCCUUAGAAAAUCUACUGUAGAGCACUCCAGCAGGUCCUUUAAGGAGGCCACCAAUAAGUGGAUGAAGACCACAGAGAGCCUCCAGCGCUAUGUGAAGGCAGCCAAGAAUAUUAACCCCAAAGAGCAGCUCUGGGGCAAGCAACUUGUUAGGCGGUCUGCAGGGAGAGCUCCAUAUCAGGAGAAUGAUGGGUAUUGCCCAGAUGUGGAGCUGAGUGAUUCAGAAACAGAAAGUGAUGGGAAUGAAGAAAAAGUCAGGGUAAAGAGAGAGAGUUCAGACAGGGAAAAUCCUCCCCAUGAUUCCAAACAGGAUUGCCAUGGUAAAAGCAAGACAUAUCCUCUUUCCCACAGUUCAAUGCAGAGGUGAUUAGAAAUUCCAAGAAAACCUCCAUCUUUGCCUUUGCCUCAUAUAUUGGGGAAAACUCAUACACCAAAAUGACUAUAGUAUAUGUUGGGAGGAAUUGUAGUAAGAUGGAAUAAAUUUUUC